GAAAAGUCAGUGAAAAUUUAGAGAAAAAAAAUAACAACGUAGAAUCGUGAAUGACAUCUGAAACCUAUUUGGGACACCCCAGGUAGUCGGUCGGCUUUUAUUGUUCGGAGCCGAGCAGAUGCCGUUCGAGAGAGAAAGAAAAACUCAAGGUUAUUUCUUUGUUUUCUAUCGCGCACUAGACUCGAACAUUUUUUAGUAUGUACCAGAUUUUUGGUGGGAUCAGACGUGUUUCAUUUGGUGUUCUCUUGACAGUGAAAAAUAAAGCUAUGGAACAAUUAUCGAGAGAAGAUUAUGCUCGGUUAAGCUCAACUGAAAGGAAUGAGUACUUGAGGAAACUAUAUGGAGAACACGACAGUGAUUCGAGUAGGGUUUCUGAUAGUGAUGAUGAAGACUGGAUUCCAGCAAAUAGAGCUAGACAUCAAACUCAAUCGAAUAAGACACGGGAGCAGUAUUCGACAGUUUUUGGAUUUCACGAGAAAGUUACCAUGUGUUCCUACGAUCCUAAAAAAAAUAAAGCUGUCAUUCUGAUAUCGACAAUGCAUUCAGAUAUAUCAGUUGGUGAUGACGCUAAACGAAAACCAGAAUUAAUAAAUUUUUAUAAAAAAUAUAAAGCUGGAGUUGACACAAUGGACAAAAUGGUGCGGAGAUACACCAGUCAGCAACGAUCUUCGAGAUGGCCAAUGGCAAUGUUCUUCAACAUGCUAGAUACUUCUUCACUUGCGGCAUAUAUAAUUUAUUAUGAAAAUAAUAAAAUUACUGUCAAAAAAACGACUGAACGUCGUCAAUUUAUGCGUAAACUAAGUGAAGAACUAGCAUUGCCGAUGAUUGAACAUCGCAGGGCGAAUCCACAAGUAAUGCGCCACUUCUCAACAAAGAUUGCCAUUGAAAAUGUAUUAGGCCAUAUACUGACAGAAACAGUCGUGAUAAAUCCUGGUCCAGAGACUCCAAAAGAUAAAACUGGAAGAAAAAAAGUAACAGGAUCUUGCCAUGUCUGCAAUGCUUUGCCAAUAAGAAGACGGCGAAAAACACGUAAGGCCUGUGCCAAUUGUCCCCAACCUGUGUGUGACGAGCACUCAGUUAAUCGUGUACAAUGUGUUCAAUGUCAUUAAUUAUAAAAAAAAGUGUAAUAUUUCUUUAUUUUUUAAAUAAAAUUUAGUUGCAUACAUUAA